ACAGACUCACAGGCUGAUGCUUAAUCCGUUUCAUCAAUGUGUAUGGUCAUAUUUGCUCCGCUUUUUGCUGUUUUAGCAUUUGCAACAUGUGGGGGGUAUUCUGGCCAGAUAAUGGUUAAAGUAGAAUGUUUGGACAAAACCCAAAGCAACAUCAGCAUCAGUUUCAACUACCCAUUCCGACUCCAACAGGUACACUUCAGUGCUCCUCUAUGUGAAGGAACCAGGAAAGAGACUCUCUUUCUCGAGGGGGAUAAUGCUUCAUCUGCACAGUUCUUCGUCACUGUGUCGGUCCUGGCUUUUCUCUAUUCCCUUUUGGCCACAAUUGUUUACUUCUUCUACCAGAACAAAUACAGAGAGAAGAACAGAGGUCCAGUAGUUGAUUUCUUGGUGACUUUAGCGUUCUCUAGCCUGUGGCUGGUAAGCUCAAUUGCCUGGGCUAAAACUCUGUUUGGGGUGAAGACAGCCACUGAUGUGCAUCAAAUCCUGCUGUUAAUAUCUGCUUGCAGAGCCCAGGAGAACUUAUGUGAGGUCUUGCAGGAGCCCAUCUGGACGAAUCUCAACAUGUCUGUGGCCUUUGGUUUUUUGAACUUCUUCCUUUGGGCUGGUAAUAUUUGGUUUGCCUACAAAGAGACAGGUUUGCAUAAGUCUAUUCAGCGCUAUCCCUCCAGAACUCCCUCUGAGAAACGCGACAGCUUCAGGCAGUACAGUCAAACCAGUUUUGAUCAAUCUGGAGCUGGUUUUGGCCAGAGGCUCUACAAUCAAGGGAGUUUUGACUUAUCAAGCGGAGGCUUCAGCCUACCCCAAACCAAUCUAGGACAGCCGAUGCUUUACCGACAGGUGGGGAGUCCCACAUCCAGAGGCCCUCUCAUAUUUGUUAAUGAGAUGUGAGAGAGAGUGUGAGUGUGGAGCACAGAAAGAAAAGAGAAGAGAAACACUGUUGUUUUCUCAGUCAUCAUAACACAGAUAAUUUGCCUUUGUGAAUGUGAUAUUUCUAUCAUGUGAU